ACAGCUCUGCAACGUGACGUUAGCCCGGCCACUGUUCGGAGAAGGCGCGUGCGGGUCAGUGGCACGAAGUUGUUCAUGACAAAUACAAAAUAGAAAAAGGAAGGAUGCGCAGUUGUGGGGCGAGUCGGACGACCUAAGUGAACGAAAAGGGUUACAUAGAAGAAUGAGAAAGAAAAGUCAAUAGGCGGUAUGCGUUCAGUUACUAGAAUGAUGAUUGAGACCGUUAGCUUUUAGUUUGGCCCGCGCUGGGGAUUUUAUUCAUUUGGAACGGCUGGGCGAUAGAUGUCUGAUGGCUGAAUACACACCUGGAUUUCUAUGGAUCACAAACCAGCGAACGUGGAUUUCCCCGGGAGAGAACAUACGUGUAUGAAGAAGCCAAAUUAAAGUGCGAGAAAAUAGUUUUUGUAAACUGCUAUGAAGUUGAUUUUGAAAGUUUAAACAUACCCUUACGCUUAAGGAACCUUGGGAAAUAGUCACCGGUGUGAAUCCGUUAUUAGACUAAAUUUGUUUACCUAAGUGCUUCACGAACCAAGUGCAUCAUUGAGCAACAGAAACAUGUAUCUCGGUAAAGCUCUUCUGUUGGUCCUUCUCCUAAACUACACGACAACCAGUCUUUCUCUGUCAACCUGCGCCACGGUGGAUAUCGAUCAUGUGAAGCGGAAGAGGUUCGAGGCGAUACGGGGACAGAUACUGAGUAAGCUCCGGCUGACCAGCCCGCCACACUCCCUGGGACCCAGUCAGGUCUCCUACCAGAUCCAGUCGUUGUAUAACAGUACCCGGGAGCUGCUUGAGGAGUUGGGGAGAGACGGGCAGCAAAGUUGUGGCCAAGACAACACGGAGACCGAAUAUUAUGCCAAAGAGAUAUACAAGUUCAACAUGGUCCAGGGACCGCCAGAAAAUAAUGACCUUCCCUACUGUCCUAAAGGCAUCACCUCCAAAGUUUUCCGUUUCAAUGUGUCGGCCAUGGAGAGGAACUCCACCAACCUGUUCCGAGCUGAGUUCCGUGCUCUCAGGGUUCCAAACUCUGCUGCCAAUAGGAACGAACAGAGGGUGGAGCUCUACCAGAUCCUGAGACCAGACGAGCACAUAGCUAAGCAGCGCUACAUCGGAGCCAAGAACGUGCUGACCAAGGGAACGCCAGAAUGGGUCUCCUUCGACGUGACAGAGACGGUACGGGAGUGGUUGAUGUACAGAGCGACCAACCUGGGUCUGGAGAUCAGCGUACACUGCCCCUGCCACACCUUCAACCCCAACGGCGACAUCAUCGACAAUGUGAACGAAGUGCUGGAGGUCAAGUUCAAAGGUAUGGAAGGGGAGUAUGAGGAGCUGGGUCGUUGGGACCUGGGUCGUCUGAAGAAGAAGAAGAAGAAGAAGAAGGAGCAGAAGGAGCCGUACCUGCCUCACCUCAUCCUCAUGAUGAUCCCUCCUCACCGCCUCGACUCACAGCCACGCAGACGCAAACGGGCCCUGGACACCAACUACUGCUUCUCCACUGUUGAGGAGAACUGCUGUGUCCGUCGUCUCUACAUCGACUUCCGUCGGGACCUGGACUGGAAGUGGAUCCACGAGCCUAAAGGAUACUUCGCUAACUACUGCUCUGGACCCUGCCCUUACCUGAGGAGCUCCGAUACCACGCACACACAGCUGCUGAGUCUGUAUAACACUCUGAACCCAGAGGCUUCAGCCUCUCCCUGCUGUGUUCCCCAGGACCUGGAGCCUCUUACCAUUCUCUACUACUCUGGACGCACCCCUAAAGUAGAGCAGCUGUCCAACAUGAUCGUCAAAUCCUGCAAAUGCAGCUGAAGAGGCCAGGAGUAGGCCUGAAGCCUGGGAGUAGAGUAGAGGGGAAUGGCCCACGUAGGUGAUCUGUAUUGGGACACUAGAGCCAGCCGGCCUGCCUACCUGUGGAGGACUAGACUACUACCGUCCAGGCUAUUUGUAUUAAUCAACAAACUACGUGGCCUAGCGCUUAACACCACUUGAACUGAAGGGCCCCGUCCUUGUGUAAGGAGUCUAUGCUAGACUUUGGGAUCUGAACUUCUUCAUUCUUUUGAUUUGUUCAGUUUAGAGUUAGUAGUUUCCUUUUACAGUUUACUAACUGGGUUUCCUUUCCUUUCUACAAACAAACUGGGUUUCCUUCCUUCCUUCCUACAAACAAACUGAGUUUCCUUCCUUCCUUCCUUCCUACAAACAAACUGAGUUUCCUUUCCUUCCUACAAACAAACUGAGUUUCCUUUCCUUCCUACAAACAAACUGGGUUUCCUUCCUUCCUUCCUACAAACAAACUGGGUUUCCUUCCUUCCUUCCUACAAACAAACUGAGUUUCCUUCCUUCCUUCCUACAAACAAACUGGGUUUCCUUCCCUUCCUACAAACAAACUGAGUUUCCUUUCCUUCCUACAAACAAACUGAGUUUCCUUUCCUUCCUACAAACAAACUGGUUUCCUUUCCUUCCUACAAACAAACAGAGUUUCCUUCCUUCCUUUCCUUCCUACAAACAAACUGAGUUUCCUUUCCUUCCUACAAACAAACUGGUUUCCUUCCUUCCUUCCCUUCCUACAAACAAACUGAGUUUCCUUUCCUUCCUACAAACAAACUGGUUUCCUUCCUUCCCUUCCUACAAACAAACUGAGUUUCCUUCCUUCCUUCCCUUCCUACAAACAAACUGAGUUUCCUUCCUUCCUUCCUACAAACAAACUGAGUUUCCUUUCCUUCCUACAAACAAACUGGUUUCCUUCCUUCCUUCCCUUCCUACAAACAAACUGAGUUUCCUUCCUUCCUUCCUACAAACAAACUGAGUUUCCUUUCCUUCCUACAAACAAACUGAGUUUCCUUCCUUCCUUUCCUUCCUACAAACAGAGUUUCCUUCCUUCCUUUCCUUCCUACAAACAAACUGAGUUUCCUUUCCUUCCUACAAACAAACUGAGUUUCCUUCCUUCCUUCCCUUCCUACAAACAAACUGAGUUUCCUUCCUUCCUUCCUUCCUUCCUUCCUACAAACUGGCUUCCCUUCCCUUCCUACAAACAGUGGGCAUUAUUAUCAUAACACAAAGGAGAAAGGACAGACUAGCUGCCGUAUCCAAAGACAUACACUACUGUUCAAAGGUUUGGGGUCACAUUGAAAUGUCCUUGUUUUUUAAAGAAAAACACUAUUUUUGUUCAUUUAAAAUAACAUCA